ACCUGAGUAGCUAGGUCGGAAAUUAAAUAGAUUUGCUUUCAAUAUUAAAGCACGGUGAAUUGUCUGUGCUGAAAAAUGAGGACGUCAGUGCCUAUAACCACACCGACAAAAUGAAGAGAAAAAAUUCCAAUAAAACGUAUUGUUUCUUAGCAUAUGUAUUUUUUUUCAUUCAAUAUAAAAGCGUUCUUAAUUUCAGGCGGCAUAUGUUCUUUUAUUUUGAAAUGAAGAACCGGAAACUAACUGGUGUAAUCUGUUUUUGUUGACUGUCUUGGAGUUGAGGCGUUCUUCCCAAGUUUUGGAGAUGUUUUCCGAAGUUUUUUUUUUUUUUUCCGAUUAUGUAGCUUGUCUUUGUGAUUAUGUAGCUUGUCUUUGUUUAGACCUAUAAAUCGUUGAAAUGGCACGCUCCGUUUCUCUUAUACAUGUUAAAAUUCAAGGAAGAUGUCGUUGAGCACCAGAGACGCUGUUAGAUUUGGUGUUUCUCGAGAAAGGCUAAAGAAAUGUUUUCGUCGCCCUGCACAGUGCAAUGCAGACAGUUAGCUAGCGGCUCCCAUCGGUGGUAGCAUACCAAGUCACGAAUGCUUCGGGUACACUUUACCGUGGCGACGGUCGCAAUAUGUAUAUAUUUCUUGAAUAUCCAGGUUCCGUAUUUUUAUCCAGCCUCUUUAUAUUUAUGUUGCUGUCCCGACGUAACGCCGCGCGCCUGUGUGUUGGAGGACACAGCUGGACGCCAGCCUUAUUAUAACGGCACCGCUUCUUGCUCUGAGAAACGUAGGGCCUUUCCCACUAUGGAUGCAAUACAACAUGACCCAGGCAUAAAACCAGCAGACACAUUACUUAGGAUGGAUGGUGCAAUGGAAAUCAGUGGGGCUGAGGCAUUUUUCGAGAGGAGCCCCCUCUCUUCUUCAGCUCCUGCUGGUCCAUGGGGGCACUCUUUUUACUCCUCAUUUCCAUAUCUAUCAAAUGUCUUGCACCUCAGGAACAGCAGGAGCACCCUCACCAGAUACGACCUGGGCCUCUCACUGCCUCAGGUUCAGAGUGUGGUGCCUCCAUCCGCAUUUGGGGUAAAAUUUCACAAGUGUGCACAGGUGAAGCUGGACACUGAUCCCCCUCAGUUGACAUUCUUCCUGCUGAUUCACAAUGUGGGGCCCGUGGGUGGCACCAACCUAUCUCAAGUGGCUAUCCGGGACUCCAUUUCAGGAAUCGUACCUCUAAAAUCUGAAGGCCGGGUCGUGGAAAGAGGCUACCAAACGUUUGCCAUUGAUUCAUUGUUGGCUGGAUCUCAAAUUGUUGUCAAUUAUACUGCUCACGUAAGGAGUCAUAAGAGCGAAGUCCUUGACCUUCCAGCUUUUCUCACCUUCUCUAAUGCCUCACAGAAUGAUGUCAGCAUGUUCGGCCCAUUAACAGCUAAUCUAACCCUGAGGGUGAAUUCCACAGACAGGAUUUAUCCUAACCACGGUGUUCAUUUUGCUGGAUUUGUUGUUGGGUUCUUUGUCACUAUGGUGCUGCUGUUGCUGGUGUUUCUGGCCAUAAACUUGAUAGGUCUCAGAACUAGACUGAGCCUUCUUCAGCAAAGGAGAAACAGAAGUGAUUCAGAUGCUGAGUUUGCAGACUGCAACCUCAGUGAGGCCGUCAAAGAGGAGGCAACAUUUGAAGACAAGAUGGUGGACAUCAUGGUUCUGGAGGAGCCACAGAACAUGUACCAGGCUUUGGAAAAUCUUGAAAUGUCUUCAUUGCUUCAUACCACCAAUAACCUGGAGGCCGUCCGGAUCCAGAUUUACAAGGACGUGAUGUCCUCCUUGCUUGCCAGCCUUCAAUCUCAGGGCCAGGCCAGCCCUCAAGCGCAGCAGAGGCUGCUUAGUGUGCUCCACGGACAGCUACUGGGCAUGGAGGGACGCCUCAAGGAGGAGCGAGGGGCUCGCAUGGCUGCCUUGGCUGGUCAGUGUAACUUGGAGACUAGGGAAGAAAUGGAAGCAGAGCACCGCAGACAGGCAGCUGAGAAGGCCCAGGCUGAGCUGCUAUGUCAACAUGCAGAACGACAGGAGCUUCUUCAGUGUAGUGUCCUCCUGGAGAAGCUGCACAAGUUGAGCCAGAGUCAGCUUCAGCGCAUCCUGUUGGUCCGUCAUGAAGAAGCCUCAGCGAAGGUCCAGAGGCAGAUCAUUGAGUGGCGGCGGGUGGAGCUGCACAAGAUCUUCUCAGAGGAGCUGGAGGAGGCCACCAGGAUGGGGGAGUUGGAGAAGAGCACAGUCAAGAAUCUUCAGCAUGAAUACUUUACCUGUCAGGAUCAGCUAGAGGAAGUGCUGGAUGUAGUCCUUGCCAGUCUCCGCUACGUGCUAGCUGAACGCAGUGCACAGAGGAAGUUCCUGGUGCACAGCCUCCACAGCCUCAACAGCCUGAUAUCUGACACCUUCUCCACCACCUCAAGCAACUUGGACACCUGGUUCACUCACAUCAGGGGAGGGAGCAAACUGCCUGCAGAGCAGAUCGACCAGCUGCAAGAGAAGACUCAGAAAGAGCUGGUGAUGCUGCGGCAGAGACUGGAUGAGGCACUGAAGCAAGAGAGGAGAGCCAUGCAUUGCGGACUGAUUAAGAAAAGGAGGGAACUCAUAUCUGACAUGGUGAGGGUCCACAAACAGAGACAGAAGGAUCUGUCAAACAUGUGCAAGGGUCUGGAGCAAAGGAUAGAAGUAGGGCAGCAUCUGCACUGUUGGCAGAACCUACUGACAGCUCACAGCUUGGAGCUAGCAGAGCUUAUCAACAACCUGGAUGAGGAAGCUGCUGCAGAUAUCCGCAAGGUGACCAUGCGUGUGAUCCAGGGUGCCAUAGCAGACAUCAAAGCCAUCCAGCCUUCUGCAACUCAGGCUGUACUAGUGCUCUUGCCUCCAGAAGAGCAGCACUUCCUGCUGCAGAUGGAACCAGAGGAAGGAUCAGGACAGGCCCUGGGACAAGGAGCGAGUGCUCUCCUGGUGGGCCAAGAAAGACUGCACCAGGAAGGCAAGGCAGCCCUACGCAUCCUCAGCUGCACCAGGGAGGCGCUGAAGGAAGCCAUGGAGAAAGAGCUGCAAGAGCAGAAGGCACUCAGGACACGCUGCAGAGAUUUCUUCAGGUGUUUGUGUUUGUCCCAGCUGACACAGUCUGAAGAUGACAGGCUGAAGAUGAAACUGGAGUUUCAGAAAUGUCUCUCAGUGAUCGAUCGCUGUCUGGUGAUGCCACACGCUGUCGCCCGAACUAAACUUCUCUCUGCCCUGGCAGCUUGGAGGAAGGAGAGUGAGAAACAGAUGACAAAUACGCAAUCCAAGGGGAAAACUAGGGAGGCCACGGAGAAAACAGACACAUCCGACCUGCUGCUUUUCCAGAAAAGGCUCAAGGACAGGAUUCAACUAUUUGAGAGGGAGAAGGAGAUGGAGAGCAGUAUAAUGAUCGAGGUGUUGGAAGAGAUGAAGCAGGAGAGUGAAGAUGAUCUGCGCUCUCAUGCAGACAGCCUGGCCAUGCAAAUGGUGACCAUCCAUUACCAGAAGGCUGAGAGGCGAACCAAAGUUUUGGAGACCUCCAGAGCAAUGCUUACCCUCCAUAGCCUGCUCAUUCAACAGCUCAAAGAAAGAAAACAUCUGGAGAUACCACACAUGGCUCAGAGUAUACAAAUCCACUGCUUGGGCUUAGAGGAAGCGGAGCAGCAGUUUCAGAAGGAAAGGACAGAGUUGGACGGCCUGCAAAAGUCUCAGCUCAGUGUAAAAUCAAGUAAAACCCAUCAAGAGGACUCUGGUGAGGAAGAAAGCGUGUUUCAGCUGCACAUGGAUUGCAGGAUGGUGGCCAUCCUUCAGGAUGCACUUUACAAGUGUGAGCAGGUUAUCACACUGAUGGCUGAGAGGUUUCACUUCAUGACUGCCAACGGUCAAACCGUGGAUGAUUUAAAAGAACAAAUGGAGCUCAAGAGGCUGUAUGCAAACUGUGACCAGGAUCUGGAGUUUGCAUCUCGGCUGGUGAAGCAGUGUCAUGUGUCUGCUGAGGUUCUCCUUGAGGCCCUUCGUCUCCUUCUCCCAACCCUACCUGAAAGUGAACUCCUUUCACUCAGCGAUGCCCUCUGCCCCAAACAGCACCCUGUUUCAGUGUCUGCAGAACAGGAGCACCCAGGGUGUGCUGGGGAGCUGAAUAGAGUCCUUCCUGUCAAACUGAGGGAAGAUGUGGUGCAUAAAAAUAUGCUGAAUAUGCCAGGUUUUUCUGUGGAUAAAGAGAGACUCCAGGAAAAGAGGGAAGGUCUGAUGGAAAAACUGCUCCCCAGGUCCGGUCUUGUGCUUCCAGGGGAUGCCGCACCACUGCUGAGUAAGGAGAAGGGAAAGGAGGACAGUUUUACCAAAGCACAGCAGCCAGUUUUUAAAUCAGCGUUACCUGUUAAAGAGCUGCAGAGCGACAGUGCAAGAGAGAGAGUCGUGGACACAGUAAAGGGAAGCCCCGCAACCGGGGAAAGGUUGUUUGUGUUCCAGGAUUUACCUGAAACAUGUGACAGUGUGGAUGUCCCUAAAAGAAAAAGGAAGAGGAAUUUCCUCAAUUUGAAGAAAGGUUCAGUGGCCCCAACAAACCUACCUUGAGCUUGGUCUGGCCUUUUAAUUUUUUUUCCUUUAAUGAAAAUGUUGUUUUAUAUGUGAUCAUGCUCAAAUCCCCCUCAAAAUAAAAUAAAAAUACAGUUUCCAGUGCUUUUCAAAGUGUUUGUAGCAUCUGAUGUUUUAUUUUUUAAUAAAGGC